CCACACUGAACAUUAGCUCUUAUUAUAGCAUGAGACUGGAUUACAAAAUUGCUUUUUAAAUUAUUUUGGAAUAAAACUCCACUCAGUGGCGAGGAGAUUUACUUUCAAUCAAACACACCUUUCUUGGACAGAGCAUAUGAAAAUUCUAGCAACACUAAUUACGUUGAAUAACCUUGCACCGUGAUAUAUUACCGCUCUUUUUCACAUCGUCGAAAUGAGUCUAAGGAGACUAUGUGGUAGGCGAAGAAGAUGUCUAUAUUUGGGUUUAUUUUUCGUCGCAGUGUUUCCAUUUUUAUUUCUUCGCUCUGGAGAUACGGUUCAAAAUGUAACAAGCGUGCCUAAAAUGGAGGAAACGAUGCCGCAACAGAAUUUAGACAUAUUCUCAAUACAAACCAGAAAUGUGUCAAUGGUUGAACCGAAAGAAACGGCAUAUAAAGAAUCAAUUGAUUUGGUCUACUUGUGGGCCAAUGGUACUGAUCCAAGAUUUAUAUUAGAUUUAAAACGCCAGAAAGCUUUAGAAGAUGCAGAAAAAUAUCAUAGUUCUCUCAGCUGUAAACGGGGUUCUAAAUAUGGUGAACACAUUCACGUUGUAGUUGUCUACCCUGCCUUACCCCGUACAAAGAAGUUAUCAGAGAAUGACAACAUACGGUUUAUCUUCAAUGUUUCUGAAAAUGAUAUGAAUUACAGUGUGAUUAUUCCUAUACAAAAACAAACAGUGAGUGGAAUUAUGAGUACUCUAACUGAAAUAGAAGGACAGACGUAUAUAAGCGUAUGUGGUUAUAUUACAAACGAACACAAGAUUCAAGCAAAGAAAACACUAGAAAACAUGUACCUUGUGAACAGUAAAAACAGCCAGUCUAUCAACAACAUCACUAGAAAUAUGGAAGGGGUAGGUAUCAUUUUGCAAGACGAUGUAAACAUUGUAACGGAUGCGUACGCACUUGUUUAUAGCAAACCUAGUGAAACCGGCAAUAUUUUCACAAAGAACAUAGAAAAACUGGAACGUUCUGGUUUUGAAAUUAAGCAUGCCGUACUUGUAUGGGACACUGAUAAUAUUGAAAUUGAAGGAGUUCCAAGAGAGAACGCGUUCGCAGAUAACGAGCAGCUUAUGUAUUCAAUUAGAUCAGUGGAAAAGUAUGCCCCGUGGAUUCAGCAUAUCUAUAUCAUAACGAAUGAUCAAGUUCCAAGUUGGCUCAAUGUUUCCAACAAGAGAGUGUCUGUGGUAUAUACAAAGGAAAUCUUUCCAAACAAGAAUGACUUACCAACGUUCUCGUCUCCCGCGAUAGAGAGUUACAUGCACCGUAUACCAGGUUUAUCUGAUACAUUUCUGUUCAUGUGUGAUGACUUUUUCCUCGGCCAGCCGGUCCAUCUGAGUGACUUUUAUACAGCCGAGGAAGGACUGAGGAUCGACUGGGAUGGUCGUAUAGCUGACUGCAGCAGCAGCUGUGCAAACAGGGAUGUUGGUAAUGGUAAGUGUGACCCUGCUUGCGACAACCUAAAAUGCGGGUGGGACCACGGUGAUUGCAGGAGUAUUACACGAGAACAUACCAUAAAAGGUCACCCGCUUGGACACCAUUAUGGAUCUACAUUUCACACGAUGGGGAUGUUUAACAAGCGAAGAUCUGGCUUUAACCAGUCUAUCAUAUACCAAAUGCCGCCACAUGCUCCAUUGCUGGUGAAUAAAAGUGUUGCUAUAGAUCUGGCCAAAACUUUUCAGGAAGACUUUGAGAAGUCGUCUGCUUUUCAUUUUCGAACGCAGUUUAAUAUACAAUAUACGAUGGCAUACUUACAUUUUGUCUCGUCAGCACUUGAAGUCAUGACACCGGAACAAAUCUUUGAUGAAGUAGAUGAAGAUAAAUCAGGAGUAUUGUCAGUCAAAGAGUUGUGGAAUUUGGGCAAUAUGAUCUUUGGGAGUAACUCAGAGGAUCAAACUGUUAACUUGAUUAACACGACCAUAAAUUGUAUGGCAAAUUUGAACUAUGAUUUUGGUGGAAACAAAGGAAUAAAAGAAAAUAACAGAUUUCAGAUAUCCAAAUCUAUGUUUACACGUUGUUCUGGAAUUACUGACAUCUUAACACGAGUAAAUGUAACACAUCCGAAAUACAAGCAUAUGUUGGUGGCAGCAAACAAUUCACACUUUGUGGUGGUACAUAAACUAAAGUUUUCCAAGAGGGAUUUAUCAAAUGUUCUUAUGGACCCUCGCAAAUUUAACGCUGUGAAUGAUAACAUGGAUCAUAGUACACCUGAAUCGGGCGAAAUAAAAAAACUUUUGAAAAACUUUUAUCAGACACUGUUCCCGACGCCGUCACAAUUUGAACUUCGCAUAGUGAGGUGAUUGGCAGUAGAAGUUAUCCUUAUGCUUCGAAUUCAUAUUCUAGAAGUAAACAACUCAUAGAUUGUGAAAAAAAUCAAUUUGAAAAACCUUACUGAUCUAAUGAUUUAUUGUUUACAAAUUUGAUAAACGCCCUAAAACUGUACAUAGUUCCGUGCAUUUUUUUCUUUUUAUAUCUAUAAAUAUAAAGUAAGAAACACAUUUGCGUAUAUAUUUCUAGUGUAUUAUUCAUGUGUUGUUAUCACAUUUGUUUUUUAUUUUCAUUACUAUUGUUGAUUGUUAACCGUUAUACUACUGAUACGCAAACAUACUCUCACAUAGCGUUCUGUCGACACAUUGGGUGAAUUCACCAAAUAUUUCAGUCGUUUAAAGAAAAGGACGAUUUACUUUCUUGAAACGCUUAUGACUAAACAAACAGUUACAUGCAAUACAUCAUCAUUUACGCGUAGCUUUUCACCACCUUCUUAUCCCUUUUUCUCACAAAUGCUCUAUGAACUAGAGAAAUAUAUUUUUGGUAUCUGCUUGAGUUCGAACUCCGCAGAAAUAUUUGUGAAGCUAUCCAUGCUUUAUCGCAAACGCAUAUCCCUCUCUAAGACCUACGCAUAGAACAGACUUUACGCCGGCAGUAGGUGUUUUUUGCAGGUUGGGAUGUGGCGGAGGAGGAAAUGAGAGGGGUUUUAGCGGCGGAGUUAUUUCAGUGAUUGCCGAAAUAUGACAAAAUAAUAUCAUUAUUGACCUCUGCGAAACACACUUCAUUUCAUGAAAAUAUUUGAAGUAUGUUUCUCACUUUUGCAGUGCUCAUGCAGUUUUCUGCAUCUGUUGUUUUCGUAACAUCAAGAUUUUCCGGACGGAAGGAGUGCCAAGCUGAAGUCCCAUUACACCGAUGAAUUAAAAUUGGAAAUUAAAAAAAAAAAGAUCAAGACGAAACAUGUCAUCUUAAUGCUACGUAGAAUUACGAACUAUUCAGUAACUACAAUUCAAUACCCAUUGCUAUACUAAAUAAUGAAAUUAUACCUGCGUAAUUAUACUUUAACAUAUGUUAAAGUUAUAUGUAAAUUGCCAUAGUAAUAAAAUGUAGAAUUGGGCCUCAAUAAGCAAAAUAGAUACCAUUGGAAAGUCUUUCACCACUU